CACUCGUCGUCCUCGCACCUGGGAUACAGCGUGCCGCCAUCACGAAGCUCUCCCUUUCGCCGUGCCGAGUCGCCGGCCUCACCGUCCCCCCUGCGACAGUCGACGCCGACGGGCUCCCCUACCAAGUACAGCGGCGGCACCACCACCAGCUUCGGCUCCCCCUCGCGCCAGAACACCCCGACGACCGUCUACGGCGGUGGCGGUGGCGCCGGCAGCGGCAGCAUGAUGACACCCGCGCCACUGCGGUCGGCUACGUCGCCGUCGCGCAGCUCCUUGGUCCGCGGAGCAGCAUCUACGGCUGACCACCGUGGCAAUGCGCUGUCCAAGCUGCAGCCUGCUCAGGUGCGCAUGCUGCGGGAUGGGUUCCAGAUACUCGAUCGCGACUGCGAUGGUGUCGUCAAUCGCGAGGACGUGGCCGAUAUGCUUCAACAGAUGGGCCUCCCCUCGAACCCGUCCGACGUCGCCCCCUUCUUCCCCCCCUCCCAGCCUCAGACCAUAGCCCUGGCCGCGUUCCUCAACUCUCUGGCCGAGGCGCUGGCCGGCCUCUCUCCCGGCGGGGAGCUCCUCUCCGCCUUCUCCGCAUUCGACGACGACGACAGCGGCCAGGUCGACCUGGCCGAGCUCCGCAACGCCCUGCUCGCCACGCCCCCGGAGCCCGGGGAGAGGGCCCUCACGCCCGCCGAGGUCGACAAGGUCAUGGACGGCUUCACCGGCCGCCGCGCCUUCAACAGGAACAUGUCGGCGCAGCUGGGUUCCAAGCGCGGCGAUGUGUUCAAGUACAGUGACUUUGUCACUUCCGUCAUGGGCACCAAUGGCGGGCCAGAGGAGGCGGCGCAAGAGUCGCAAGAUUAA